AUGAAAUUAUUUAAUUUUUUCUUUUUAUUUAAUUUAAUUUUAUUUUAUUAUUCUGUAAAAUGUGAUAAUAUAGCAAAAAUAAAUUCUAAUAUUACUUAUCAAUUAAUUGAUGGUUUUGGUGGUUCUAGUGCUUGGUUAGGUAACAUACCAGAUAAAGGAAUUGAAAAUAUUUUUGGAAAACUUGGUUUAUCAAUUUUACGUGUUGGAAUUGUUGAUUUAUGUAAAAAUCAAAAAUGGGGUAAUUAUCGUUGUAUUGGACAAGAAGCAUUAACAGCACAAAAAGCAUCAAAAUAUGGAGUUAAAAUUUUUGCUUCACCAAGUACUUCACCAAUAUCAUUUAAAACAAAUAAUAAUGAAGUUAUGGGGGAACUUAAAGAAGAUAAAUACCGUAUUUCCUCAAAUAGUACGGCCGGCCGUACUAUUUUUCAACCCUCUUCUAAAGGGCCGUACUAUUUGAGGGGGCCGUACUAA